CAGCGACGCUUGACAAAGCCAACAAGCUGUCCACCAUGGCGCUGACGGAGAAGCUCGCAAGGAUUCGAGAUUCUCCGAAGCUGCAGAGCCAGCAGCAUACGGCCGUGGUUCUCUCUGCAAUUGAGGACACGCUCCGCGAGCAAAAGUCAGAUUUCACCCCGACGGCAUAUUUUGCUGCCCUUUUAUCGCUCCUGAGCCACCAGAUCUCACCAAAAGGCAUUGCCAACAAGGACACGGCCGCAGCCGUCAUCUACUUGCUCGACCUUGUAACCCCGCAUGUCCCCGCGCCGCUGCUGCGAUCCAAGUUCUCUGAAAUCCUCGCCAGUCUUGCCCCCGCCCUUACUCACUCGGAUGCCGAUGCGCCGCUGCUCAAACCUUCGAUUGGCUGUCUAGAGUCGCUUCUCACUAUACAGGAUGCUCGCGCAUGGGAUCUUCCCCAGACCCAGAUUGGUCCGAGGCGCGCUGUUGCUGGGCUUCUGAACAUCGCAGUCGACCAUCGGCCUAAGGUCAGGAAGAGGGCACAGGAUGCGCUGGCAACGGUGCUAAAGAACCCCCCCCCAAGUCCCUCGCUAGAUCAUCCAGCCGCCGACAUGUGCGCCGAAGCUGCAUUGAGGAUGCUGAAAGACAAUGCAGAGAAGGCUGGGAAUACGAAGAAGCACAAGGGACACAAAGAUGCCCAAAGAAAUGAGCCGGAUCUGAUGCACAGCCUGCAAUUGAUUAAAACUGUAGCCACCGCAUCAGGGGGCUGGCCGAGCCGGAAAAUCGACGUCCUCUGCGAAUUGCUGCUCAAUAUUUCAAAGUCGACCAACGAGUACUUGACCACGGCCGCUUUUGAUAUAUUCGAAAUUAUCUUUGCGGGCAUGGCUGACGAGGUGUCAUCAGUCAAGCUCCCUAGACUUCUCGAGGUUGUUGCCGAGCUUCAGCCCUCAAAGAACGACUCGCAGCUCCUGCCACCCUGGAUAGCUGUCUUAUCGAGAGGCUACGAAGUCUCAGCCCAGAUUGAGCCUAGAGAUACAUUCGCGAGGCUUCCGGAACUCUUCACCAUGGUAUCAGGAUUCCUUACUUCUCCAUCGCACAAUAUUCGUAUAUCCGCUUCGGAAUGUUUAAUCUCAUUCAUGGUCAACCUUGUCCCAGAUAAUGUCAUCCUGGACCCGUCGAUUUACGACGAGAAAAUUUUAGAGAAAAUAGCAAAGAUCACUGCAGACCUCCUCAGCGUCAAGUUUCAAGUUGCUUGGAUGGAAGUCUUCAGCAUGCUUUGCGCCAUGUUUGAAACCCUGCGAUGGCGCUCAACCCCUAUUCUAAAUCCUGUUGUAAAAAUUGUCGGUGAAUUAAGGAGCAAUGAAGCGUUCACUGGGGUGAAAGAGGCAGAUGAGGUUCUGUCAAAAGCGAUUGGUGCCAUGGGCCCGGAUGUCGUACUCGGUAUUCUCCCAUUAAACCUGCCGAGGCCACCUCUAGGACAAGCCGGUCGAGUUUGGAUGCUUCCAAUUCUCCGUGACUCUGUCCACAACACUAGGUUGGCACAUUUCAGGGCUGAGAUGGUGCCUUUGAGCGAAGCGCUGUACCAGAAAGUUGUCAGUCAUGGCCAAAAAGAGAAAACUAUGGAAAUUAAAGUUUUCGAGACGGUUGUUCAACAGAUUUGGUCGAUCCUACCCGGUUAUUGUGAUUUGCCGCUCGACUUGACAGAUGCCUUCGACCAGGGCUUCGCAGAGCUUUUAGCAAACCUGCUUUAUGGCCAAGCCGAUUUGCGAACUGAUAUCUGCAGAGCCCUACAGAAUCUUGUGGAUAGCAACAAGGCUAUAGUAGGGUUAGAGGGUGAGGAGGAUCUUGUCGCACAGGGGCGGAUAUCCAAAGCGGAUGCUCAAAGGAAUUUAGAACAUCUCGCCGGAUUUUCGAGUAACAUUCUUGCUGUUCUCUUCAACGUCUACAGUCAGACUUUGCCGCAGUAUAGGAGUACUAUCCUUCGGACUAUUAACGCAUAUCUUAGCGUCAUCCCUGAGAAGGAGCUAGUGGAGACUUUUGAACGAGUUGCGACUAACCUUGAGACUUCACUCGCAGAAGCCACCCCUCAAACACAGGCUGACAAACAAAUCCAAGAGAAGUCACAAAGCAAAAUGCCACCAAUGAGCCACACUCUCUUAGAUCUGGUCAUCACAAUAUCACUUUAUCUUCCUCGUGAAAGCUUCCCUUCUCUUUUCCGCAUGGCCGCUACCAUGGUCAACAAGCACGACGAUCCGCAGCUCCAAAAGAAGGCCUAUAAGUUGAUUCCUAGACUUGCUGAGUCUCCCGUCGGUAAAAUUGCUCUUCAUGAACGCAAUGCAGAUCUCCAACAGCUCCUUCUCCAGAGUGCUGAGAGGGCAUCAGCGCCAGCCCAAAGGGAUCGCUUAGCUGCCAUCGCUCAGAUAAUUGAAACCAUGCCUCAAACAGAUCUCUACUUUAUCCCCUCUGUCCUUUCUGAGGUCGUGAUCUCCGCCAAAGAAGUCAACGAAAAGGCCCGGGAAGCCGCCUACAACCUCCUCGUGGCAAUGGGAGAGAGAAUGGAUCAAGGCGGGGACAUCGUGCAAUCCAAAGUGCCUAAUAUGCCCUCCGACGCACCAACCGUCCAAGCAUCAUUGGAAGAAUAUUUCACCAUGGUAUCAGCCGGCCUCGCAGGCAGCACACCACACAUGAUCUCUGCAUCCAUCACGGCCGUAACCCGCAUUCUGUAUGAAUUCCAUACCCGGAUCUCGCCCGAGACUAUCCAACACCUCCUCGAGCUCAUGGAUAUCUUCAUACAGAAUCCGAACCGCGAAAUCGUCCGCAGCGUUUUAGGGUUCGUCAAGGUUGAAGUCAUUACUCUGCCUGAGACUAUGGUGAAACCACGUCUGAAAACCCUGUUGCAGAAUCUCAUGAUCUGGAGCCAUGAACAUAAAGCACACUUCAGAGCGAAAGUUAAGCAUAUCGUCGAGCGCAUGAUUAGAAAAUUUGGGGCGGAGGAAGUAGAAAAGGCGUGUCCGGCUGAGGAUAGGAAGCUAAUCACUAAUGUUAGGAAGGUGAGGGAGCAGAGGAAGAAGAAGAAACAGAACGCCGUAAAUGGGGGAGAAGAAAAGAAGGAGAAGCCAAAGGGUAAAUUCGAAAGUGAAUACGACCAGGCUGUCUAUGGCAGUGACAGCGAGGAAAGUGACGGAGACUCCGAAGAUGAGUUCGUUAGAAACCAGAAGAGAGCAAGUGGUGCGGGCAAAGUAAAUGGUGGGCAGACGUAUAUCAUUGAGGAUGAUGAUGACCCACUCGACCUGCUUUCGAAACGCGCGCUAGGGAAUAUUUCUAGUACCAAACCGUUGAGAGGGAGGAAAUUGGGACAAAAGAAAACGAAAACAAGGACAGAUGAGGAUGGGAAACUCAUUCUCGGUACUGAGGACUCAGAAGAUAAACCUAACUCGAAACGGAGCAAUAAGCGCAGUUUUGACGCCGGAGACGAUGGUAACGAUGGUGAUGUUCUCAUGCACGACGACGAUACUAGGACCCUUGAACAAGGCAUCAACGCCUACGUUGACGCCAUCCGUGGUCGAGAUGCGGCGCAACGUGGUCAGAAAGGCAAGCUCAAAUUUAGUAAUCGCAAACGGAGAGAUGACGAUGCGAUGGAAGUUGAUAGCGAUAAUGAUAUGAAGAGGCAACCGAGGAAAGAGAAUUCGGGUUCCGGCAUGGCGAGAGGAGGCAGGUUCCAAGCCCAGAGAAAAGGGCUAGGUGAAGAAAAGACAAGGGGUGGGAGAAUUGAGAAAGGAAGAUGUGGGAGGGUUGGGAGAGGGAGAGGUGGGAGGGAUGCAAGAGGAAGCAGGAGGAGUGCAAGAGGGGGAGGAGGAUGGAUCGGACCUAAGGCCUAA